AUAGAUUUUUUCUCAAAAAAAAAAAAUCCUAAAGCGCACGCUUCCUCUCCUUCCCAUAUUGUCUGUGUUCUUCUCUCUCUCUCUCCCACUAUAUAAAAAUGCAUAUAUAGCGUUACCUCAUCACUCCAAGAGUAUUUCCGAACAGUGUAUUCUUCUUUCUUGUUUCUUCCUAUCCAGUUAUACCCAGACCAUACCCUCACUUUAAACUCUAUAUCUGUCUUCAUCAUCCUCAGGAAAAAAAAUGGGAAGCAUUGGGGCAGAGAGAACCAUUACAGGAUGGGCUGCCAGAGACUCUUCUGGUGUUCUCUCACCUUACACUUACACACUGAGAGAAACCGGUCCUGAAGAUGUGUACAUCAAGGUUACUUGCUGUGGAGUUUGUCACACUGAUGUUCAUCAAGUCAAAAAUGAUCUGGGCAUGUCCAAUUAUCCUAUGGUCCCAGGGCAUGAGGUUGUUGGUGAAGUUGUGGAAGUGGGAUCGGAAGUGACUAAGUUCAAAGUAGGUGAUAUCGUCGGAGCUGGUUGCAUAGUCGGCUCGUGCAAACACUGCCAGCCAUGCAAGUCGGACAAUGAGCAGUACUGCAAUAAAAAAAUCUGGUCUUACAACGAUGUCUACACCGAUCAAAAGCCCACUCAGGGUGGCUUCGCUGAGGCCAUGGUGGUCGAUCAAAAAUUUGUGGUACAUAUACCAGAAGGAAUGGGGGCAGAACAGGCUGCGCCUCUACUAUGCGCUGGAGUAACGAUUUACAGCCCAUUGAAGCACUUUGGAUUGAUGCAAAGUGGGCUAAAAGGAGCCAUUUUGGGGCUAGGAGGAGUGGGACACAUGGGUGUGAAGAUAGCCAAAGCUAUGGGACACCAUGUGACUGUGGUGAGCUCUUCUGAGAAGAAGAGAGAAGAGGCUCUCGACCAUCUUGGAGCUGAUGACUAUCUUGUCAGCUCUGAUGCUGACAAAAUGCAAGAGCAAUUUGACUCUUAUGACUAUAUAAUCGACACAAUCCCUGUUUUUCAUCCACUUGAGCCUUAUCUUUCGCUUUUGAAGCUUGAUGGGAAGCUGAUUUUGAUGGGUGUUAUCAACACCCCACUUCAAUUUGUCAGCCCUAUGGUUAUGCUUGGAAGAAAGUGUAUUACCGGGAGUUUCAUUGGGAGUAUGAAAGAAACAGAGGAAAUGCUUCAGUUUUGUAAAGAGAAGAACUUGAGUUCCACAAUUGAGACUGUGAAAAUGGAUUACAUUAACACAGCUUUGGAAAGAUUGGAAAAGAAUGAUGUUAGGUACAGGUUUGUUGUUGAUGUUGCUGGAAGCAAGCUUACUUAAACAAAUGAAAAAGUAUGAACGAGUACCAAUUUAAAGGAAGAAAAGUCUCGUAACUUACCAAACCGAAGAAGAUAAAAAAGCAAAGUUGCUAUUAUUAUUUCUGUUAUAUUUUUCCCAAGUGCUCUGUUCGUGAGUUGAUGCUUUUGUCAAUUGUCAAUUUUUCUUUCAAAAAGUGACAAAUUUUUAUUACUUGGCCAUUAGUUUGAUAUGGUUUGUAAAGUCGUAAUGAGGGUGAAAGAUAUCAAACUUUGAAUUAGUGGGAUUGAACAAAUGUCCUUAUGCGGUCUCCUUUAGUAUUCAAUUAGUGGUUGGUGUUUGCCACUGAUUGUGUCAAUGAUUUUUCAGGAAGAUAAUAAUUAAAAAUAAAGAAAAAGGUUUCUCCCAAUAAA